AUGAAGGCCGCUCUGUCCCUCGUUGCCUUGGCCUCCUCGGUCCUUGGAGCCAACAUCCCCAGAGGCUAUGGUCAUGGUGGUGAUCACGUUAGCUAUACUACUGAGGUGAUUGUUACUUACACAACUAUCUGCCCUGAAACUACCACGAUCACCGAGGGUGGUGAGACUAUCACCAAGACUUACACCACCACCAGCACCGUGGAGACCAAGGUUCCCACCGUCAUCACCGUUACCGAUGUUGCUCCCCCAGUAACCAAGACGGAUGAAGCCAUCAUUUACACCACCAUCACUGAGCUAUGUCCCGUCACUGAGACUAAGGUAGUCGGUGGCUCUACUGUUGAGGUUGUCUGGACGUCCACCUCCACCCUCUACACCAAGGUCCCGCACACCGAGACUGUCUACACCACCUCAGUCGCCACCGAGUACGAACACACUAGUGUCUACGAGACUGUCGUAUGCCCCGAGACCACGGUCACCACCGUCUCCAAGGGCGAGACCGUUUAUAUCACGAAGACAAACACCAUUACCACGGCCGUUACCGAAGUGCACACCUACACCACCGUCAUCCCCCAGACCAUCACCAAGGCCGUUGAUGUCACCAUCCCCGUCACCAAGAGCGAAGGUGUCGUCGAGACCAAGUACUCGACCGUCGUUGUCUCUGCCAACAACACCAUCUACACCCCCGUCGCUCCUCCCCCUACCACCGUCAUCCUCCCCACCACAUCGACCGUCGGAGAAGCUCCUGUCAGCGAGACCAGCGGUUCUGCCCCUGUUGUGGGCGCCGCCAAUGCCAUCAUGCAGAAGAGCCCUGUCGUGGCUCUGAUUGCUGGUCUCUUGGGUGCUUUCGCUCUUCUCUAG